AUGUCCGAAUCUGAUCAGGAGCAAAGUUCACCUGAGCCACUUUCACCAAGAACCGCUGCUGUACGUGCUGGUUUGAGAAGGAAUUAUAGUUCUUCAAGCGCUGAUUCUAAAAGUUCCGAAUCUGAAGGUUCAAGCACGAUGGCAGAGAUUCCGAACAACAACAAUAAUGUUGAAGGAGGUGGUGCGCUUGUUGUCCAACCUCGAAAACCCCUGCGUGAGUUUUCCAUUCCCAAAGUCACCGAUCAACCUUCGUGCAUCGUCUAUCCUCAACUCACAGUUGACAGGUUUGAGCUUAAAAGUGGUAUGAUUCAUCUUCUUCCAACUUAUUAUGGUAAUACCACUGAGGAUCCUUACAUGCAUAUUAAGCAAUUCUUUGAAAUAUGUGCUACGAUCAAAAUUCAUGGCCUUGAUGAUGAGCAGAUUAAGAUGAGGCUAUUCCCAUUCAGUUUAAAAGAUAAGGCUAAGUCUUGGUUAUACUCUUUGCCUAAUGCUUCAAUUCAUACUUGGGAAGAGCUUUCUAAUAAGUUUUUGCAGAAAUUCUUCCCGGCUCAAAAGACUAACAAGAUUAGAAAGGAAAUCCUUGGUUUCACACAAAAGGAAGGAGAAGCUUUUCAUGAAUGUUGGGAGAGGUACAAGGAGAUGAUAAGUUCUUGCCCACACCACAACAUAGAGAGUUGGAUGCAAAUGCAAUCUUUCUAUGAAGGUUUGCUUGAUUCCGAAAGGAUGAUGGUAGAUGCAACAAGUGGAGAAGGACUGAUGAACAAAACAGCAGAUGAGGCUUUUACUCUCUUUGAAUCCUUGAGUGCUAACUCUCAACAAUGGAGCCACAAUAAAGGAAGAGGAGCUUCUAUGAAAGCUGUGGUCUCUGAGGUAAGUACUAAUAAUGAGAUUGCUGCAAAACUUGAUGUUAUGUGUUCUUUGCUUCAACAGGCAGUGACUGGCCCUCUUGGAAGCAAAGUGGAAGUUCAAGAUCAAUCUUUUGCAGAGCACAUGCUAGAACAAGCAAAUGCCCUUCAAGCAAGGAAUCCUAAUAAUGAUCCUUACUCAAACACGUACAAUCCGGGGUGGAGAAAUCAUCCUAAUUUCAAGUGGAGCAAUAACCCAAAUGUGCAACAAUCUCAAGGACCUCCCCCAGGAUUUCAAAUACAACAAAGGCAAUUCCAGCAAGCUCCCCAACAAGUGCAAGAGCAAAGGGGUGAUCAAAUGGGAGAAUUGCAAGACAUGUUCAAGAAGUUCAUGGGGCAACAGAUGCAAACCAAUCAGAAUCUUCAAAAUGCAGUGAACAAACUAGAAGUGCAAGUUGGGCAGAUUGCAUCCUCCAUGAGCAAUAGGGCAUCCGAAACAUUUCCAAGCCAAACAGAGGUGAAUCCAAGGCAUCAAGAGCAUGCUAAAGCAGUACACAUCUUGAGAAGUGGUAAACAAGUUGAUAACAAGGUUGGAGAUGUCAACGAAGAGCAAGAAGAUGGAGAAAACGUGGAGAUCAUUCAGCCACCACAUGGGCAGCCCACAGCUUCCAACAAACAGCCCCUCAAUGCUCCUGGAAAGAGCACAAGCCCUAAGGUAUCAUCUAAUGCUAAUCAAGUUCCAAUUUCAACUAAUGCUUUUAGGCCUAUUGCACCCUUUCCCAGCAGGUUAUCAAAGUCAAAGAAAGAUCAAGGCUUGGAUGAGAUAAUGGAAACAUUCAAGAAGGAUCUAUGCACUAACAAGAGGAGAUUCAAAGAGCAUGAACAAGUUGCAUUGAGUGAAGAGGUAAGUGCAGUGUUACAAAGAAAGCUACCUCCAAAGCUAAAGGAUCCAGUUGGUGAUUUUAAGUUUCAAAAAGCUUUGCUUGAUCUUGGUGCUUCUAUAAACCUUAUGCCAUAUCAUGUUUAUGAGAAACUUAACCUUGGUGAGUUGCAAGCCACAUCUGUGAGCAUUCAAUUGGCAGAUAGAACUAUUAGGUACCCUAAGGGCAUUCUAGAAGAUGUUUUGGUGAAAGUGGAAGAGCUAAUUUUGCCAGCAGAUUUCUUGGUGUUGGAAAUGGAAGAAGCACCAAUUCAUGACAAUCAGUUACCACUCAUUCUAGGUCGGCCAUUCAUGGCAACUGCCGGUGCUAUUAUUGACGUGAAGAAGGGUACAUUGACCAUGAACGUGUUUGAUGAGACAAUAGCAUUCAAGGUGUUUGAAGCCUCUAAGUUUCCAAGUGAUGAGCAUGAAGUUUUCCAGCUUGAUGCAAUUGAUACUAUGGUGAAAGAAGCACUGCCAAUGAGUUAUUUGGAGCCCAUUGAAGCAUGCAUCACACAAAGCAUAAGGAAAGAAGAAGUGGACAGCUUAGAGGCUGUGAUCUCUCCUUUACUUCUUGAGCUUGUUUGCAGCAUGGAUAGCUACAUAGAAGUUGGAAAGAGGUAUGCAAAUCAAUUUGAAUCAUUACCCCCACCUACUAAUAAGGUUUUACCAUCUAUUGUGCAGGCACCAGAGUUGGAAUUAAAGGAAUUGCCAAAACACCUUAAAUAUGCUUAUUUAGGUGAAAAUGAGACUCUACCUGUUAUCAUUGCCUCACACCUCGAACCAAAUGAUGAGAAGAAGCUUUUGAGAGUUCUAAAAGAGCACAAAACUGCAAUUGGGUGGAGCAUUGCAGAUAUCAAAGGCAUAAGUCCAACACUAUGCAUGCACAAGAUAUUAUUGGAAGACAAUGCAAUGCCUAAGAGGGAUGCCCAAAGACGUCUCAAUCCGAACAUGAAGGAGGUGGUAAGAAAAGAGGUAAUGAAGCUUUUAGAUGUUGGUAUUAUUUACCCUAUUUCUGACAGUAAAUGGGUGAGCCCAGUGCAAGUUGUUCCCAAAAAGUCAGGUAUCACAGUGGUGAAGAAUGAAGCAAAUGAGCUUGUACCUACACGGGUGACCACGGGCUGGAGAGUUUGCAUCGAUUAUAGGAAGCUCAACACAGCAACAAGCAAGGAUCACUUCCCUCUUCCAUUCAUUGAUCAGAUGCUUGAGAGAUUGGCUGGCCAUAGCCACUAUUGCUUCCUUGAUGGAUAUUCAGGCUACAACCAAAUCGCCAUAGCCCCAGAGGAUCAGGAGAAGACAACCUUCACGUGUCCCUUUGGUACUUUCGCUUAUAGGAGGAUGCCUUUUGGUCUCUGUAAUGCCCCAGCCACUUUUCAAAGGUGCAUGAUGAGCAUUUUCUCCGACAUGGUAGAAAGGUUCAUUGAGGUAUUCAUGGAUGACUUCUCUGUCUUUGGUGAUUCUUUUGAUCAAUGCUUGCAUUACUUAUCCAAGGUGUUGGCUAGAUGUGAACAGACUAACCUUGUGCUUAAUUGGGAAAAAUGUCAUUUUAUGGUUAACCAAGGCAUAGUUCUUGGUCAUGUCAUCUCUAGUAAAGGAAUCGAGGUAGAUAAAGCUAAGAUUGAUUUGAUUGCCUCCAUGCCCUCACCUACUUCUGUCAAAGAAGUACGUUCUUUCCUUGGCCAUGCAGGUUUCUAUAGGCGUUUCAUUAAGGAAUUUUCUAAGAUUGCGAGGCCUUUGUGCAAUCUCCUUGCCAAGGACAUGGAUUUUGUCUUUGAUCAAAACUGUGAGAAUGCUUUCAAUGCUUUGAAGAAGAUGCUCACAACUGCCCCAAUCAUUAUACCACCAGAUUGGAGCUUGCCUUUUGAAUUGAUGUGUGACGCCUCUGAUUAUGCCGUUGGAGCUGUUUUGGGACAGCGAGUUGAUAAGAAGCCACAUGCCAUCUACUAUGCUAGUAGAACCCUCAACGAUGCCCAACUCAACUAUUCCACCACAGAGAAGGAGUUAUUAGCUGUCAUAUUUGCUUUAGAAAAGUUCAGAUCAUAUUUGAUUACUAACAAGGUUAUUGUUUACACUGAUCAUGCAGCAUUAAAAUACUUGUUAGCCAAGAAGGAUGCCAAGCCACGACUCAUUAGAUGGAUUCUCUUGUUGCAAGAGUUUGACUUGGAGAUAAAAGAUAAGAAAGGAAGUGAGAAUGUUGUGGCUGAUCAUUUGAGUAGAUUGGUGCAUGUGUCUAACGAAGAGGAGGAUUCAUUGCCAUUGCGUGAAAGCUUCCCUGAUGAGCAACUCUUCUCCAUUUGUGUUUUGAAUUCUCUCAAUCCAUUACCUUGGUUUGCUGAUAUUGUUAACUAUUUGUGCACUAAUGAACUCCCUACAGGGUUAUCUACGUUCCAACGUGACAAGCUUAGGAAGCAAGCAAGAUACUACUUUUGGGAUGAUCCAUAUCUAUUCAAGCAUUGCCCAGACCAAGUAAUUCGAAGGUGUGUGCCUGAAGGUGAUUUUAAGAGCAUUCUGGAGUUUUGUCACUCCCAUGCAUGUGGAGGACAUUUUGGAGCAAAGAAGACUGCCAACAAAGUGCUACAAUCAGGUUUCUUUUGGCCUACCCUUUUUAAGGAUGCGUAUGUUUUUUGUGCUUCAUGUGAUAGAUGCCAACGGAUGGGUAAUUUACAUGCUAGAAAUCAGAUGCCUCUCACCAAUAUCCUAAUCAUUGAAAUAUUUGAUGUUUGGGGAAUUGAUUUCAUGGGCCCUUUUCCUACCUCUUAUGGAUUUGAAUAUAUAUUAGUUGCUGUCGAUUAUGUUUCUAAAUGGGUAGAAGCCAUUGCCACUAGAACUAAUGAUGCUAAGGUUGUGAUCGGUUUUCUCAAAGGAAAUAUUUUUACAAGGUUUGGCACACCUAGAGCAAUCAUUAGUGAUGGUGGCUCCCACUUUGUUAACCAAGCUUUUGCAGCACUCUUGAAGAAAUAUGGAAUCACGCAUAAGGUGGCAACACCCUAUCAUCCCCAAACUAGUGGGCAGGUUGAGAUAAGCAAUAGGGAGAUUAAGCACAUACUUGAAAAGACGGUGAACACCACAAGGAAGGAUUGGUCCAUGCGUUUGGAUGAUGCAUUGUGGGCUUAUAGGACUGCUUAUAAGACACCUAUAGGUAUGUCUCCGUAUAGGCUUGUUUUCGGUAAACCUUGUCACUUACCAGUGGAGCUUGAGCACAGGGCUUAUUGGGCAAUCAAGGCCUUCAAUUUUGAUAUGAAAGCUGCUGGUGAGAAGAGGAGGCUUCAACUCAAUGAGUUGGAGGAGUUGCGACAUGAAGCGUAUGAGAAUGCUAAGCUUUACAAGGAGAAAACAAAGCAAUAUCAUGACAAGAAAAUUCUUAGGAAGACGUUUGAGAAAGGGCAGAAGGUUCUCCUAUUCAAUUCACGCCUUAAGCUCUUUCCAGGUAAGCUUCGGUCUCGGUGGAUUGGCCCUUUUGUUAUUACUAAUGUGUUUGAUCAUGGCGCAGUGGAGAUUCAAAAUAUUAAGGAUGGCAGCACCUUCAAGGUGAACGGACAUCGGUUGAAACCUUACUUUGAUGCCAACUUUGAUGCCAAUAUUGAGUCUCAAGCACUCAAGGAGCCUCUACCACUCUCUUGA